GUAUAAUUUCGACUUCCUAGUUAAAAUGUUGUUGUUUUUAAUAUCGGCCAUUUUACUGUUGGUUCUCUACGUAAAAUGGCAGCAUACUUACUGAAAAAGGCUCGGAGUGUAUCAGUUUGAUACCGAGUUCCUAUUUGGCGAUACCAAAAACGAGGUGUUGGGUAAAGCAAGCAUCUUCGAAGCCAUCAAAGAAAAAUACAAACAACUAAAAGCUCUAAACCUGAAACAUGGAGGUAUCUACAUGCUGCUCAAACCAGUUUAUGUGCCAGUCGACUUGGACUUAAUAAAAAGAAUCGUCGUCAAGGACUUUUCCUACUUCCAAGGUCACAUUGACAACAUCCAUCCUAAAGACAACCUCAGCAUGAACCUUUUUGGUCUAUACGGUGAUCCAUGGAAGAAGCUAAGAAGCAAGCUGACCCCAACGUUUACUUCUGGUAAAAUGAAGUUGAUGUUUGAUACCUUAGUAGAGAAAACAAAAGGUUUGGAGGAAUUAGUGAGGAGUCACAUUAAAAAUAAUCAACCUCUCGACAUCAAAGAAGUGGUAGCUAGGUUCACUACGGAUAUAAUUGUCAGCUGUGCUUUUGGGCUUGAAAGUAACUGUUUGGGUGAAGCUGAGACCGAGUUCCGUACAUACGGGAGGAAAGUAUUCGAAUUGAAGGCUUGGAGGAUGCUUAUUCUUAACGGCAUUCCGCGUAAAUUGCUGACUUUAUGCUACCAUCUAGGUUUCAGUGCAGUUCCUAGGGACGUUGGUCAGUUUUUCAACAAGACAGUUCAAGAUACCAUUCGGUACAGGGAGCAAACAAAAUUGUACAGAAAGGAUUUCAUGCAGUUGCUGUUAGAGUUGAAGAACAAAGAAAAGGGAGCUGCCAAUUCAAUUACAGACCAAGAGAUCAUUGCGCAAUGUUUUGUUUUCUUUAUCGCAGGCUAUGAAACAUCGUCCACCACCACAACUUUUGUUUUACUCGAAUUGUCACAGAAUCAAGAUAUCCAGGAGAAACUAAGAGUCGAAAUCAGGGAUGUCUUGGAAAAAUACGACGGAGCGAUUACUUACGAUGCAAUUAUGGAAAUGACGUAUCUUGAAAUGGUUAUUAACGAAACCCUAAGAAAAUACCCUCCAGUACCCAUUAUUCCCCGAUUCUGCACGAAAGAUUAUCACGUUCCAGACACAGACGUAAUUAUUAAAAAAGGAACCCAGGUUCAAAUUCCAGUUUGGGGCCUUCAAACCGAUCCGGAAUAUUUUCCGAACCCGGAAAAAUUCAACCCGGAAAAUUUCAGUGCGAAAAAUAAGUCCAAAAUCCCGGAAAUGGCUUUUAUACCUUUCGGAGAGGGACCCAGGAUGUGCAUCGGGUUGCGUUUUGGCAUGUUACAGAGCAAAGUUGCUCUGGUCAGUUUACUGAGAAACUUUAAUUUUACUCUGAGUGAAAAAACUCAUACUCCUAUCGAGUUUGAGAAAGUGAGUUUUAUUUUAUCCGUUGAAGGGGAUGUAUGGCUGAAUGCAACUCAAAUUUAACAAGGAAAUGUGUGAUAAUAUAAUAAAUUAUUUCUGGACUGUUUAUUUAUUAUACAGGGUGAGUCUUAAAUAAGUGCAAAUAAUUUCAUUGCUGGGUGCUUCGAUAAAAGAAACAUAUUUUAUCAUUAUCUUUUUUCGAAUAAAGCAUACGUUCAAAAUAACGAAGUUAUUUUUCUUUGAAAAUUAGGAAAGAAAUGAUUUUUUACUCAUAUUUUGAGAACCACUGGAUUUUUUCUGGGGUUUCUUUUUUGUAAAACUAAUAUACUACCUAUUAUAUCACGAUUAUAUCAAGAUAUUAUGUUUUUUCACUAAAAAUAAAAAAAAAUACAACCAUUUUUUCGAAAAAUACAAAAUUUUCCAAAAAAAAUUCGCGAAAACAGCCUCAUAGACGUGGCUCUGGAAUCGAAAUAUAUCGCCUUUAAAAACAUUUGCACUUAUUUAAGACUCACCCUGUAUAUGUAAUUAAAAGCCUGAAAAUAAUCAUUAAAUCAAUUAAUAUUUAAUUGGUAUAAAUAAUGUAGAUAUUUUUGAGACUAAAUUUUAUAACGUAUCUUUAAAUUAUAUUAGUGUUUAUUAUUAAUAAUGAUGUGUAUGUUAUUAAAAUAGUACAGGGUUUCCGAAACAGGAAAGUGUCCGAAAUUGGAACCUCGGAAACUUUCACUCCUAAAAGUGAUACAUUAUUUUAUUUAGGAGGUCGAAUGCUUAAAAAAAAUAAAAAGAAUGAUCUUAUCUAUUGUGGUUUCCGAGAUUCCAAUUGUCACCCUCAAAUUUGGGACAGUCUGUACAUUACGACAGAUUUGAAGUGUGAGAUUUAUUUUGAAUAAAGAUUUUUUUAAAAUA